CGUACGUGGUUUUAUCUCAAUCAACUAAACAGUUUGACCAUGGUAAUCAAAUCAUGAGUAGUUUUAAUUCAAGCAAUAUAAAAAGUGCCGAUUCUUGUUUGAGCAAACUACCUUGCAAACUAAUUUCUAAACAAUAUAUUGAUUCAGAAGUUUGUUUCCUUUAUGAUAUGAUUGAUUGCAUCAAGCGAGAAUAUGGCAUUUGUAGUCAAUCGGACCAGGAUGACUUGGAAACACAUUUUGAUUAUUUGAUAAUAUACGCUGGGGACUCAGUAACUAAAUACCCACGAAGUUGGUGCAAGGACCAUGGGCAAACCGUUUCGCGUAGACUAACAUAUCGAGCCAUUUGCCGACAAAAGGGUUCGCAAAGGGUCUCCAAUAGGUCUCCAAUAGGUCUCCAAUAG